GAUCAGUCACCAAGGAUCAGUCCCCAAGGAUCAGUCACCAAGGAUCAGUCACCAAGGAUCAGUCACCAAGACAUCAGUCAGCAAGGAUCAGUCACCAAGGAUCAGUCACCAAGGAUCAGUCACCAAGACAUCAGUCAGCAAGGAUCAGUCAGCAAGGAUCAGUCAGCAAGGAUCAGUCAGCAAGGAUCAGUCACCAAGAGAUCAGUCACCAAGACAUCAGUCAGCAAGGAUCAGUCAGCAAGGAUCAGUCACCAAGGAUCAGUCACCAAGGAUCAGUCACCAAGGAUCAGUCACCAAGACAUCAGUCAGCAAGGAUCAGUCACCAAGGAUCAGUCACCAAGGAUCAGUCACCAAGACAUCAGUCAGCAAGGAUCAGUCACCAAGGAUCAGUCACCAAGAGAGCAGCCACCAUGGAUCAGUCAGCAAGGAUCAGUCACCAAGGAUCAGUCACCAAGGAUCAGUCACCAAGGAUCAGUCACCAAGACAUCAGUCAGCAAGGAUCAGUCAGCAAGGAUCAGUCACCAAGAGAUCAGUCACCAAGGAUCAGUCACCAAGAGAGCAGCCACCAUGGAUCAGUCACCAAGGAUCAGUCACCAAGGAUCAGUCACCAAGGAUCAGUCACCAAGGAAGUCACCAAGAGAUCAGUCACCAAGAAUCAGUCACCAAGAAAGUCACUAAGAGAUCAGUCACCAAGGAUCAGCCACCAAGGAUCAGCCACCAAGGAUCAGUCACCAAGGAUCAGCCACCAAGGAUCGGUCACCAAAGAUCAGUCACCAAGGAAGUCACUAAGAGAUCAGCCACCAAGAGAUCAGCCACUAAGGAUCAGUCACCAAGGAUCAGUCACCAAGGAACAGUCACCACGGUAG